GCGUGUGGCGUGUGGUGGGUCGAUUGGUCCUUCAGUUGGGAGUGUGUGUGUUGUUGGUGGGUCAAUUGGUUUUUCUCUGUUGUUGAUUGGUCGCUGACGUGGACGACGGAAACAAGCUCUCAUCAAUCCGCGCGGCUACACAUACCCAGUCGAGUCGCGUGAAUGGUAAUAAAGCUCGAUCGAUUGAUUGGUUCCGAGAUCGGAAUCUGAUCUGAAAAGAAGACCCGAUUCGGGUGGAAAAAAUGGGGGAUAAGAAGGCGGUGUUGAAGGGGGACCACCAUGGUUCGUUCUCGGGGAAAAGGUCAAGUCCGGGGUUGGGUUCGUCGGCGGCGGCGGCGGGUUCAGCGCCGGGUUCAGGGGCAGGUUCAGGGUCGUCGGAGCCCAGCAGCAUGCCCGUCCUUCGAAGGCAUAAUACUCUGGAGAGUCCGCGGCUCGCGUUGGGACACGUGGGCCCACUGACUGUCGUAGAUAACACGUUGUUGGACGGCACGAGCUUUAUUCCCCGUGUAGCUGACGACGAUCUUCUCUUCGCUGACGACGCUUUGUUAUUGCAGCUCUUCUUGGACACUCUGUUAAAUCAUCACGGGCCUGAAAUCGCUAGGAAGGUUAGGACGUGCUAUAGUCUAGGGGGGAUGUAUUCCAAGUCCUGUAGCAACGAGGACUUGGUGCGUCUAGAGACCUUCAUGGACCAGUUCUGUCCGGGGGAUGCGAUCUUGACAGCGAGCGCAUUUUCGCACAUGCUGAACUUAGAGAACAUAGCAGAAGAGGUGCAGAUGUCUCUGAGGAGGAGAUCACAGGUGAAGACAGGCAACAUAUCGGACGAAGGGAGCGCGCUGACAGAGUCGACGUUCCCAGAGACGCUUCAGAAGCUCUUGGAGUUCGGCAAAACCCCGGAGGAGAUCUUCGCUGCUCUCAAGUCCCAGACCGUCGAUCUGGUUCUGACUGCGCAUCCUACGCAAUCGAUUCGUCGCACGCUUUUGACAAAGUUUUGCAAGAUCAAGAGAAACCUUCUUCGCCUUCAUGAAACGCCCAACUUGAUGCCUAACGACCUCAAGGAGAUGGUGGAAGAGAUACAGAGAGAGAUUCAAUCGGCGUGGAGAACGGAUGAGAUUCGCCGCAUCCCACCCAAGCCUCAGGACGAAAUGCGGUCAGGAAUGAGUUAUUUCCAUGAGACGAUUUGGGAAGGCGUUCCGCGCUUUUUGCGCCGCGUAGACACUGCUCUGCAAGCGAUUGGCAUUCAGGAGCGUCUGCCUUACGACAGACCGAUUCUGCAGUUCAGCAGUUGGAUGGGAGGAGACCGAGAUGGGAACCCGCGUGUGACAGCCUCCGUGACCUGGGACGUGUGUCUUGUGGCCCGAUUGAUGGCUGCCAAUCUGUAUUACAAUCAGAUCGAGCCGCUGAUGUUUGAGCUGUCCAUGUGGCGGUGCAACAGCGAGCUGAAGGCGUUGGCCAAUCAAAUCGUUGAGGAGUCGAUGAAGAAAGAAUCGGUCAAACAUUACCGAGAGUUCUGGAGUAGCAGUCCUCCAUCGGAACCCUACCGUGUGCUUCUUGGUGCGAUCAGGGACAAGCUGUUUCACACGCGAGAGAGAAUGAUGAACCUUCUGGAAAUGGGCUAUUCGUCGAUUCCAGAGGCGGACACGUUCACCUCAGCGGAGCAGCUGAUGGAGAUGUUGAGAGUCUGUUACGAUUCCCUCUGCUCUGUAGGGGAUAAGAACAUAGCCGAUGGGGGGCUGCUGAACUUCAUGCGUCAGGUGGCCUGUUUUGGCCUUGUCAUCGUGAAGCUGGACAUACGGCAGGAGUCGGAGCGCCACACCGACGUGUUGCAAGCCAUCACCAGCCACCUGGGGCUUGGGUCGUACAGGGAAUGGCCGGAGGAAAAGCGGCAGGAGUUCCUGCUCAAGGAGCUGCAGGGAAAACGACCGUUGUUUGGUCCAGACCUGACAGCCUCGCCUGACGUCAGGGAGAUUCUGGACACGUGCCAGAUCGUCAGCGAGCUGCCAUCCGAUUCCUUCGGCGCUUACGUGAUCUCCAUGUCGACUGCCGCGUCUGAUGUCCUUGCAGUCUACUUGAUUCAGCGGGAGUGCGGAGUGAAGAAACCUCUUCGGGUCGUGCCGCUUUUCGAGCGGCUCAAGGACCUCGUCAAUGCCCCUAAGAUCAUGGAUCGAUUGUUCUCGAUUGAUUGGUAUCGGGAAAUGAUCAACGGUCGGCAGGAAGUAAUGAUAGGCUACUCGGACUCGGGCAAGGAUGCAGGGAGGCUAGCAGCAGCCUGGGCUUUGUUCCAAGCCCAGCAGGAGGUAGUGGCAACUGCCAAGAAGUACAACGUGAAAGUGACACUCUUUCAUGGGAGGGGUGGGACUGUGGGUCGCGGUGGUGGUCCCGUUCACCUGGGUAUCUUGUCCCAGCCACCAGGGACCAUCCAAGGCUCUCUGCGGCUGACGGUUCAGGGAGAGAUCAUAGAACACGCAUUCGGCGAGGAAAGGUUGUGUUUCCGAUCGCUCGAGCGCUACACUUCUGCGACUCUCGAGGCCAGCAUGUGUCCACCCCGAGCACCCCGCCCCGAGUGGGUUGCUCUCAUGCAGGAGAUGUCUGACAUCUCCAGGGAUGAGUUCCGAAGGAUCAUUGAGGACAAGCAGUUCGUUCCCUACUUCCAAGCAGUGACCCCUGUUCUUCAGUUCGGUAAGAUGAACAUUGGCAGUCGGCCGUCGAAGCGCACGACGAUGAACGAUGUGCAAUCCCUGCGUGCGAUCCCGUGGGUGUUCGCUUGGACCCAGACUAAGCUCCACCUUCCAGUCUGGCUGGGGAUUGGCACAGCCCUGCGUCACGUGAUGGAACAGAAGCCGGAGAACCUGCAGAAGCUGCAGCAAAUGCACAGCGAGUGGCCCUUCUUCCGGGCAACCCUCGAUCUCAUCGAGAUGAUCCUUGCCAAGGCGGACCCGCGCAUCUUUGCCAUGUACGACUCCCUGUUGGCGCCAAAAGAACUUAGCCAAUUUGGGCACGAGCUGCGAUACAAGUUCCAGGACAUGAAGGAGCUGCUGCUCAAGGUGGCGGGUCAUAAGAGCUUUCUGGAAAACAACACGGCUCUCAGGCAAAGGCUCAUCCUGCGGGAGCCGUUAAUGACCCCAUUGCAUGUCCUACAAGCGCUCACAUUGAACAAGAUGCGAAGCACAGGUGCUCUUUAUUGCGAGAGGAAGGAGGGGACAGAGAAAGACGCCGUCAUGAAAGAUCUCGUCGAGCGUAAUCCUGGCACAGAGUUCGCCCCAGGCCUCGAAGACACACUCAUCAUCACGAUGAAGGGGAUAGCAGCGGGCUCGCAAAAUACAGGAUAGAUAGCAUGGCAUCAUCCAGGAGAGAUAGAUAGCAUGGCAUCAUCCAGGAUAGAUAGAUAGCAUGGCAUC